CCAGAAAUGAACUUCAGUCUAUCCUUCUUCACCUAAGACUCUUUGCCUACACUGUUCUUAGCUGCUGUCCUUCGUCAUCGUCAUUCCUUGCUCAUUCUCUUUGUCGUGCCAUAGACCGACAGCUACGUCGAUAUGCAGACUAGCGAGAUGUCGAAGAUGGCUAACGAGACACCACCAAGCCUUAUCACCGCAACAGCCGGCACAGACAGCACGUUCGAUGAGGUAGAGGAACUGUUCUUGCUCCAGGUGGCGGUUGCCAACAACGAGCCUCUUUCCCCACAACUCCAGGCUGUAAUGGCGACCCAAGACACUACAGCUCCAACCAACAAACCUGCGGAGAGACGUCCAUCGCCGUUACUUAUGGAGCGACCGAGAAGUUCUGGUCUGGACCUAUCGGCCUUUUCUUUUGCAAAGCCUGCAAAAGGCCGCAAGCCAUUCACUCUUCAGGCAUCGACUAAGCCAUCAUCGUCCACAGCUGCGCUGCACAAUAGUACCAUUCAGCACGAGCAUGGUGCAGGAGAGCCCUUGAAUGAGGCAACUAGAAGCUUACCAGGUGAUCAACAAACAUCUAGCACGCAAAAGCCACAAACUCGGACCCCACAGAUCAAGAAACAGGAUUCUAGGCAGCCUUGUUCCCCGCCGUCUGACAAGGGCUUGCAUGGUUCGAGUUCUGAGAAGGCUGUGGUGCCUCAUGCAGACAAGUUGCCUAUGAGUGCCGAACACGGGACCCUUGUGUUCGAUUCAUCCAAAAAAGACAACGAGAUGAGGAAAACCUCUAGUCCUCCGAGCCAUCAUCCAAUUUCCCAAGCACCUGCAGUCAGCAGGGCCGACAAUCAUGGUCCUCCUUUGGGUGAUGAGCACAAUGCACCAAAACCUAUGCAUGCAGCACAGGAUCUGGUUCCACAAAUGCAGAUCUCAGAGGCCAGUGAGAUGGCUCAAACAUACCCGGUGGGCCAUGAAAGCGAGAAGUAUAGGGUCUCUAAGCGCCGCCGCUCCAGCAAAACUCGUCACUCACGCAAUGUCAGACCAACUCGCAUACCAUCAGGGGAUGAUGGCUCUUCCUUGUCCGAAGAGAGUCUAUUUCAUUUGCUAAUCGGACGGAUCAAAGCUCGUGAAGAAAAUGAGGCUGCCGCGGUCGAAUUGAAAGAGCAGAUGGAAGCUUGCAUCUCUGGCCUAGCUGACGAAAAUAAAGCGCUGAAGAGUCAACUUGCAGUAUCCGACAAGGUCAUCCGUAAGAGGACGUUCGAAUUAGGAGCUUACAAGUCUCAGGUCAAUGCAUGGCAGUCAAAGAUAUCAAACAUCAAAGGCUUUGUCAAUCAGCUUGGCUCUGACUUCCAGACCCUCCGUAGCGAUGCAAACCGGCUCUUGGCGGCGAAGAAAAGCGCGCAUGCCGAAAGGUCAGAUAUUGACAAAAGUAUUGAUGAUGCUAAGGCACAAGUAGCUAAAGCUUCCGAGGCUGCCAGCAAAGGAAGAGAGCAGUUAUUGCGGUCAGAGAGCCAGGUUGACCUAUUGAAACAGGCUCUUUCUGCAACAGAGGAGAAUACGAGAUACGUUCGAGGCCAGCUUUCCGAUGAGAAGAAAAGAACUAGACUUCUUGAGCAAUACAUUCAAGAAUGCUCCCGCAGUCAAGAACCAAGACUUAGUCAAAUCAGGGCUGAUCAACUAGCGAUUCUGAAGCGAUUCGAGGCCGUGUUCCACGCCUUGGGUAGCCAGCAAGAGCGAUCUCAAAAUGCCAUUCAGCAAACGAUCGGGCCUAGCUUGGACAAAUGUGUUACAACACUUGACAGUCUCGGUGAAAAGGUUGCAAACAAUGAUUCGAGUGUAAAGGACUGCAUGGACGGCGUCAAGGGUGAAAUAUCACGCAUUGGAGGUGAAUUGGUUCAACUACACGACUUGACCAAAGAAUGCUGUGCAAAUGAUGGCGGCUUUAUGACGAACCUGAACGAGCAACUUCAAAGGGUCACAAGUCAGAUUGCGAGUGAAUCAACGCUGGUCGAACGAAUCUCCAUGCAUACGGAGCAUUUCGGCGGACUAAAAGAAGCUCUUGAGCGCCUAUUACCAUUGACUGACCAAUUGAACUGUUCUAUUGAUGCAUUGAGGAACAAUGAAGCAAGGCUUUGCGGCCAAAUGAAGCAAUUCGAAGCCGACCUGGGUGAGGCACGGACUCUCAAGAAUUCUGAAGCUGCUGCACUUGAAUUCACGCGCCACGAGUUGGAGAAAGCUCAAAUAGAGGGCAGGAUGCAGAAAGUGGUGGCAGAGUCGGAGGCCAUGGCAGAGAAGUUGAGAGCCAAGGACCUCGAGAACAAAGCCAUUCAAUCCUCCCUGCUUAAAGCCGAAUCACGAACUCAAAAGAUAGAACCCUGCGUCAUGAAGCUCGAAGCGGAAGUCGUCACCCUGAAAGAUGCAGUCAGACAGAAGGAGAGCCAAGUCCGAGAGGAGUUGGGCCGGGCCAGUGUCAUAGCUCGCGAGCAGAUCAAGGCCAGAUACGAACAGCAACACCGCGAUCUGUUGAAAGAGAAAGCUGAUUUAGCACAAUCAGUGGAACUUCUUCAAAAGCAGAUUGACGUUACUAAAUCAACAUUUGAUGAGUUCAAGAUUUCACGAGACAAACAAUAUGCCGAUCGAGGUAUCCUUCUUGAUUCAAAGACAAAAGAAGUCGAGGAGUUUACUUGUCGUGAAUCCAAGACGGUCACUAAAUUAGCUGAGCAAGAGCAAGAGCUUAAAAGACUGGCGGAACAAACAGCUCUGGCCGAAGCGCGUAGUAUCGGUCUCCAAGAUCAAUUUGAAGAAACGAAGAAGAAGGCACACGCCCUCGAAGACGAUCUUGUCAAUACCCGUGACGAGAAGAACAAGAUUCAGACAGAGUUGCAGCAUAAGCUCGACGCUCUUUUGCAAGACAACAUGGAAAAACAAGAAGAGUGUCACAAAAUCCAGGAGAGGCUCACAUCUGUCUCAGCAGAACGAGCGGAUCUUGAGAGCAGCAAGCUGAAGACAAAGGAUGAAAUCCACACACUCCUCAAGCGGGUGCAAGACUCAGAAGCCUGGGUAAACAAACUCACGGAGCUUCUCCGUCGUGCAGGUCUCGCUGCGGCUACAGACUCGCUUACGGAGAUCUGGAGCAGGUUCGAGGUGACCUUGCUUUCUACGGCUGGCAUUGCGGUUGAUAGUCGAAAUGAAACUUGGGUCAAUCCUGUUGAAGAGAAGUCCUUUAGUGCGAGUGGCGGUGGCUUGCUACCCCAGGAGGAUAUGGAAAAGCCCGAGCACGUCAAUUCUAAGUUGACAAGCGUCGCUACAACAGUACCUGACAGUCAGGCGACCACUUGUCUUUCACCAGCGAGGCGAAGUGACGGAAUCAGUAACGACGAGGCUUCCGUGGACUCAAUGUGCUUGCUGGGGUCAGCUAUCGUUCCGUUUUCCAGCAUCCAGCAGCAAUCUCCUCGCACUGAAUGCCUGUUCUCGAGCAAUGAUAGCUAUGACCUCGCAGCCAUGUUAAUAUUUACUCCGGAAAGUGGAGCAGUGGCAGGUAGCUCCGCCGUGGCAGAGCUAGCUGCGAACUGUUCUACAAGCUCGCCCAAGCGUACGGGACAAGACUUGAUGGAAGGGCAGCAGAACUCCCCAUCAAAAAGUUCUCCGAAGGCCGCAAGCGCAAAGAAUGACGGCAGUCCGCGCAAAGGUGAAAGAGCACCCAGGGUUCUCAAGUUAAACUUGAGUAGUGGAAACAGCAAACCUGGUGAUAACAGAGCGAAGCACAGGUCGGUCACAUUUGAGACGGAAGUCCCUGCCCCGCAAAAAGGGAAACGCAAAUUACACGAUAUGGAGACUGCUCACAGCCAGGGGAGCCCAGCAGACAGCGUUGAUGAGGAUAAUCCCAUGCGUUCGCGAAGAACAUACUCUAAACAGCAACAGCAGUCAACCAUCCGGGUUCAGGCUAAGUCCAAAGGUCAAGUAGCAAGCGCUUCUGAAGAAGACAUGGCACACGAGGUCACUGAAGCUGGAACGCCACGUUCUCUCAUGAACAAGAGGACUAGAGUAUCCUUCGACACAGUCAAGACCACAUCGCAGACGAAGACAGUGACUGAGUAUUUCGAUCGCAAAUCGAGCCCUGAAAAGCUUGCUUCUGGAAGCAGCAGACCUGCGCUGAAUGACAGUCAGACUGGAUUCCAGAAAAAGCCGACUCGAGGUGGUAGAGGCGGCGGCCGAAAGACAAGAGGUGAGUAGAAUCUGAUAAUUAAUCGCAUGAUCGCUGCUGAAGCACCAAGGUGAUCGCUAUAAUGCUCGUUUCAGUCGAGGGAAGUAGAUCCCAGCAAAAUAUGCGCAGGUUGAGUACUC